AUUCGAUCGAAGAGGACGAACGGCGAACGAUUGAGCAAAAUCAAUAUGGUGCCAUCUGCAGAGAUGAAGAGUAGGGUUUUUGAAGAUGAGGUUGGAGGUGGGGUGAAUCUAAGGGGGGAGGAGGAGGAGGAAGACGACGAUGAUUUGGUGCUCCCGGGGUUCCGGUUCCACCCUACCGACGAAGAGCUCGUGACGUUCUACCUCCGCCGGAAGAUCGCCGGAAAGCGGCUGAGCAUCGAGAUCAUCAAGGAGAUGGACAUCUACAAGCAUGACCCGUCAGACUUCCUCAAGACGAGCACGGUGGGCAGCGAAAAGGAAUGGUACUUCUUCUGCCUGCGCGGGAGGAAGUACCGGAACAGCAUCCGCCCCAACAGGGUCACCGGCUCCGGCUUCUGGAAGGCCACCGGCAUCGACCGUCCCAUCUGCUCUGCCGCCGGCGACGGCGCCAUCGGCCUCAAGAAGUCCCUCGUCUACUACCGCGGCAGCGCCGGCAAGGGCACCAAGACCGACUGGAUGAUGCACGAGUUCCGCCUCCCUCCGCCGACCUCCUCCGCCGCCGACUCCUCCCCGCCGCCGAGCAUGCAAGAAGCGGAAGUGUGGACCAUCUGCCGGAUCUUCCAGAGGAACAUCACCCACAAGAGGCAGCCACAACCGCAGCUCGCCGUCGCCGCCGCGGCGCCGCAGCCGGACUCGGCGAGCUCGAUCACCGGCAGCGUCGAGUCCGACAGCAACGGCGACGACGUCGUCGAGUACAUGAACCGCCUGCAGGCGCAGCAUGAGCAGCACGACGCUCCGGCGACGGCGAGCAACGUGAACGGUGGCUACAACCCGCACUACUUUCACGACCAAUGGAACAGUAAUCAUAACAUGCUCCAGCCAGCAGCGGCGGCGCCGGAGCCUUCGCCGGCGAUGGCAGCGUUCCAGGAUCAUCUGACUGAUCACCAGAGCAUUCUUAGCUCGCCGGCGCCGAGUGAUCAAUACUACAAGGAUGGAUACAACGACGACAUUUACAGGAUGGUGAUGGAGCUGGCUGAUCCGAGCUUGUUCUAUGAUCACUGUAGAUACUUGGACAGUUGCACCAGUUUAUAGCUUUAAUUUUGUUUUUGUCCAGAAAAUUAAACUGAGCUGCAGCAGAAACAGAGAAAGAAGCCAGAAAUCUGUCGACAAACCUGGGAGACUGACAUUGUGGGCCCACACAGGGGCCGUUCUGAAGAAAGAGUGCGUGAAAUUAGGAUAGAUAUGUUGCAUGAUGGCCGUGCGUUUGUUAAUCUUUGGUUAUUUUCAUUGUAGGCAGUAAUAAUUGUUAAUGUGCAUC